AUGCGUGUAUCAGUCAGCGGAUUUCUGCUAUCUUUGGUUCUAUUUACAGCCACUUUACUGAAUUGCAGCUUGAUUUCUCUGGGGAACUUGGUAGCUUCUCUACUUAUUCUGUUUGUUCAUCUGGAAAGAGGAUUUCAUUCAGAAGGGAGAACACUACUAUGGGCUAUUGCUGUUUUCUCACUAGUUGUUAUCCUUUCACAAGUGACGUUUCUUUUUGUAUGGGCCAUUUGGUGUGGAAACUGCAGUGCAGAAGUACCUCUGUGGGCAAAGCUAAUAGGAUUCAUGAUAGUCAAAACAUGGAGAGCACCGACAGUAAUUUAUGUUUUGAUCAUGCAAGUACUGGUGGCAUUCAUUGCAUUUACUGAACUCCAUGGAAUCAGAUUAAGUUUGUUUACGUGGGCAUCUUCAUUUCUGGAGAGUCUUGUAGAAGCCAUAGAGCGAAUAGGUUCACAUGUGAAAGUUGCUUUCUUCUUGUUAUUGCCUGCGGUUCAGCUGGUUGCAGGCAUCAGCAACACUUCUUGGGUGUCUUUACCAUUUUUUGUUUCUAGCUGUGUCGGUCUUGUGGAUUGGUCAUUGACAAGCAACUUUCAUGGUCUCUUCAGGUGGUGGAGAGCUCUUUGGCUGUACGCAGGCUUCAAUAUAUUCUUUCUAUAUGUCUAUCAACUCCCUACAAGAUUGCCGAAGUUCUUUAGCGUUAUAGGUGAUUUUAUUGGCCUAUACAGAAUUUCUUCAGCAUCUGGUUGGACGCAAAUUUGUUCUGGUGUUUCACUGAUCAUAUUUUUCUUCGGGUUAUCUUUUGUCAAACUUGACUUGGAGGAAAUGAAUCUCAUCAUGUCCGUGAGAGAAGGCAACUUGACUGAACAUCUUCUGCCAUCAACAAACUCCUUUUUCAUUCGUGAAACAAGAUCUGGUGAAAGGGACACCAAUCUGUUGUUAAGAGGUGCAGUUUUUCGGACAUUCAGCAUCAACUUCUUUACCUAUGGUGCCCCGGUGUCUUUGUUUGCUCUUUCAUUUUGGAGCUUCUAUUUUGCGAGCGUGUGCGCAUUUGGAUUACUUGGAUAUGUAGGCUACAUAAUAUUUGCUUUCCCAUCCUUGUUCCGUUUGCACCGGCUAAAUGGAUUGCUCCUUGUCUUCAUUCUCUUAUGGGCUGUCAGUACAUAUAUUUUCAAUAUAGCCUUUACAUAUCUGAAUGGGACGCUGGGAAAGGACACGGAAGUUUGGGAAAUGGUGGGGUUCUGGCAUUAUCCUUUUCCUGGUUUCUUUAUCCUUGCACAGUUUUUUCUUGGUGUUUUGGUUGCCCUCGGCAAUCUUGUGAACAACUCUGUUUUCCUCUACAUCUCUGACGAGGCCCACCAUACGUCCACUGAGGACCUUACUCCGGAAGCUACAGAUGAAACAAAAGUACUAAUUGUAGCCACAGUCGCUUGGGUACUACGCAAAUUAAAUCGAGCUAUCAUGCUGUUGCAGAUAUUUCUUAUUGCAAUGAAGCCUGGUUUCAUUCACGCUGUAUAUAUGAUAUUCUUUUUUCUCUAUUUGUUGAGCCACCGAAUCAACAUCCAAGUACAACGCGCCUUACUUCUUCUGUGUGAGAUUCAUUUCGCAAUCUUAUACACUCUUCAGAUAAAUCUGGUCUCCGGAGCCUUGAAGAAAAGUGAGACGAUAAGUUCGCAAAUUUUGUCACAGUUAGGUCUCCUUGAAUGUGAUAGCUCCUGGGAUUUUGUGGAAAUAGCUAUGCUUGCAUGUUUUUGUGCCAUUCAGAAGCAUGGUCACAAACUUCUAUUUUCAUUUUCAGCAAUUGUGCAACACACGCCUCGCCCUCCAGUUGGGUUUAGCAUUUUGAAAGCUGGUUUGAACAAAUCAGUUCUGUUGUCUGUCUAUGCCAAUGGAAAUACCACAGACAGCAAUGAUAACCCCUCCCAAGAGAGAAAAGUGGCGUCUUAUCUCAGUGCAAUAGGACAGAAGUUUCUAACACUGUAUCGUUCAUUUGGAACUUACAUCGCUUUCAUAACUAUAAUUAUCACCGUCUACAUGAGCAGACCCAAUUACAUGUCCUUCGGGUACCUUUUUCUUCUUCUAUUCUGGAUCACCGGUAGACAACUCGUUGAAAAAACAAGAAAGCGUCUAUGGUUCCCACUGAAAGUGUAUUCAAUAGUGAUGUUUAUUCUCAUCUACAUUUUAAGCAUAUUUCCGGGUUUUGAGGAAUGGGUAUCCACAAAGGUUGAUCUUUAUACAUACUUAGGGUUCAACUCAGAAGCAUCAGUAUUUCAAAAUGUUUCUGAAUCAUUAGCAAUAACGAUUGCAAUGCAACUUUACAGUUAUGAAAGGAGACAAAACAGGUAUUGUAACUUAGAAGAUAGAAAUCGGUCGCAGUUUGGUGUGAUCGGGUUUAUUAGAAGACUUCUAAUAUGGCACAGUCAAAAGAUCUUGUUUUUUACUAUGUUUUACGCUUCAAUAUCUCCAAUAAGUUUAUUUGGUCUAGUUUAUCUUCUUGGUACUGUUUUCUGCUCUAUCUUACCAAAAGCUUCAAGGGUACCAUCCAAAUCAUUUUUGGUUUACACGGGACUUCUUGCUACAUUGGAAUAUUUAUUCCAGUUAUGUGGGGGUACAUUUGAGAUGUUUCCGGGACAAAAACACUAUAAUAUGUCAAUUUUUCUAGGUUUUAAGGUAUAUCAGUCAGGAGUGUGGGGCUUAGAAGAAGGGUUGAGGGCUAAAGUUUUGGUGAUUGCUGCAUGCACCCUUCAGUAUAAUGUAUUUCAUUGGCUAGAAAUGAUGCCUAGUUGGCUUUCGGGUGUUGGUCAAUGGGAAGAACCUUGCCCAUUGUUUUUCUCUCAAGAAGAUGUGUUACCAAUUGCAGUAACUCCAAAUGGGGAUACUAUUGCUUCACCGGUUAAGAAAUUUGGAUUAAAGAGCAGCAACUCAUGGCCCGGAAAUGACCAGGAUCUAGAAAGCGAAACAGCCAACAGUAGCAACAGAAGGUACAUGCUUGGAUAUUUUUGGGGACAGGUUAAUGAGAACCAUAAAUGGAAGAAAAGGCAAGUUCUUUCCUUAAGGAAGGAGAGAUUUGAAAUGCAAAAGACUUCCUUGAAGAUUUAUUUGAAGUUUUGGAUGGAGAAUAUGUUUAUCCUCUUUGGUCUCGAGAUUAAUAUGAUUGCAUUGCUUCUUGCAAGCUUUGCUCUUCUUAAUUUUGUAUCACUGUUGUAUAUAGCAUCACUUGCUAUUUGUGUUCUGCUAAACCGAAAACUAGUACAAAGAUCAUGGUCGUUAUUUGUUGUUUUGUUUGCUAGUGUUCUUUUACUCGAAUAUUUUGCCAUUUGGAAGACUGAAAAGCCUUUUAGUGGACUUGGACCAAGCGAGUCUUCCUUGCAUUGCCAUGAUUGCUGGCGGAUUUCGGAAUAUCAUUUCAACUUUUGUCGAAGCUGCUGGCUAGGACUUACUGUUGAUGAUCCUCGAGUGCUGAUCAGCUAUUUCCUAGUCUUCAUGCUUGCAUGUCUUAAACUGCGAGCCGAUCAGUUUUGCAGUUUCUCAGGAUCAUAUACAUACCGCCAAAUGAUCUCUCAACGCAAGAAUGCCUUUGUUUGGCGAGACCUUUCUCUCGAAACUAAAACCAUUUGGACUCUUCUUGACUACUUAAGGCUAUACUGCUACUGCCAUCUACUAGAUCUUGUGCUUGCAUUAAUUUUAAUCACUGGAACUCUGGAAUACGAUAUAUUACACCUUGGAUAUCUCGCUUUUGCUUUGAGUCUUUUCCGACUAAGACUUACGAUACUAAAGAAGAAAAACAAGAUCUUUAAAUGGUUGCGGAUUUACAACUUUGUAGUCAUUGUUCUGUCCCUAGCUUAUCAAUCACCCUUCAUUGGUGCUUUUAAUGAAGGGAAAUGUGAAACCAUAGACUAUGUUUUUGAAGUUAUUGGAUUUAGAAAAUAUGAUUAUGGAUUUCGGAUUACCUCAAGAUCUGCAUUGGUUGAGAUUAUCAUCUUCAUUCUUGUAUCAUUGCAGUCAUACAUGUUUUCUUCCCCCGAGCUCAAUUAUGUUUUCCAAUAUUUGGAAGCUGAGCAAAUUGGUGCCAUUGUUCAUGAACAAGAGAAAAAGGCUGCAUGGAAAACAGAACAGUUACAACAUAUUCGUGAAGAUGAGGAGAAAAAGCGUCAACGCAAUAUGCAAGUUGAGAAGAUGAAAUCUGAAAUGCUUAACUUGCAAAUCCAGCUUCACACGUGUUCCGUUCAUGCCCAUGUUCACACACAUGGUUCUGAUUGUUCACCCCGUAAUGAAGGCUUACGGAGAAGGAGAGCCGUCUCCCUGAAUACUGAUUCUGCUCUUCACAAAGAUGAAGAUUGUUUUAAGAAACAAGAGUCAGAUAUUAAUAUGGACUUUCCAUUACAUUUACCACCAUUUGAGUCGCCAGAAAUCUCGCAUCUUAUUGGACUUGCUGAUUUUGAAGAGGGUACAGAUAUAGAAAAGAGAGAGAAAAGUAUGAUGAAAGAAAAUACACUGAUUUCUGCUGUGCAGCUGAUAGGUGAUGGGGUAUCUCAAGUACAAUCAAUCAGCAAUAUGGCAGUUUCCAACAUAGCAAGUUACUUAAAUAUCCCUCAAGAAGACCUUGAAUCUGAUUCAGAUGGGCCUUGUUCAUUAACCGUGGCGACUGGUAAAUAUAGCGAGACUGAAUGCCAACACGAGAGUCACAUGCACAUGGGUUCGCGUCGUUCAUCUUCUUUGCAUUCUGAAAAAAGUAGAACGUCUGAAUCAGCAAGUUGUGGGAUAAUCUUUCAACAUAUAUGGAAUCAGAUGCAAUCGAAUAAUGAUGUCGUGUGCUAUUGUUGUUUUCUUCUUGCAUUUAUUUGGAACUUUAGCCUGCUGUCCAUGGUGUAUCUUGCAGCUCUCUUCUUGUAUGCUCUUUGUGUGAACACCGGGCCUAGUUAUAUUUUCUGGGUCUUAAUGUUGAUUUACACCGAGUUCUAUAUUUUGAUUCAGUACGUAUAUCAAAUCAUCAUUCAACAUUGUGGUAUCACUAUCGAAUCGGUCUCUCUUCCAGAAUGGGGGUUUCCUACAAACAGAAUAACUUCUUCAUUUGUCGUCAGUUUGCUGCCGCUUUUUCUAGUCUAUCUCUUUACUCUCAUUCAGAGCUCUAUAACUAUAAAAGACAGUGAAUGGAUUUUUUCAACUGAUUUCAGCUCUCUUACUGGAAAUACUGCAAUUCCUAAAGAGGUUCUUUCGGAUUCAAGUUGGAGAGAAUAUACACAAAAGAUGUUUCAGCUUGCAUCAAGUAUUUCUAAACUGACAAUUGGAAAUUGUAUUAGAUACUGGAAAUCAUUAACACAAGAGGCAGAAUCUCCCCCAUAUUUUAUCCAAGUAUCGUUAGAUGUUCAGUCAUGGCCAGACUAUGGGAUUCAACCAGCACGAGUUGAAUCUGGAGUAAACCAACUUCUAAGAGCUGUUCAUAAUUCAAGAUGCAAAGAAAUAGAUCCUGAUGGUUGCCUGUGUGCGAGUAGUGUCCAAGUUCGUAGCAUUGAAAAAAGUAAAGACAGUCCAAAUGUGGCAUUGGCUGUUUUUGAAGUUACAUAUGCAUCUCCAAAGGAAGAAUGUGUAUUAGCGGAAAGGUACAAGUCUUUGACUCCUGCGGCUGAUGUGGCUAAAGAGAUAAGAGAAGCCCAAGAGGCUGGUUAUACUAAAGAACUAGAUUUUCCAUAUUCUAUUAUGUCAGUAAUAGGGGGAGGCAAAAGAGAGAUUGAUCUAUAUGCAUAUAUAUUUGGUGCGGAUUUGGCAGUUUUCUUCUUAGUAGCCAUCUUCUACCAAUCUGUUAUCAAGAACAAAAAUGAAUUUCUAGAUGUUUAUCAGCUAGAAGAUCAAUUUCCCAAGGAGUUUGUGUUUAUCUUGAUGGCUAUCUUCUUUUUGAUUGUGCUUGAUCGCGUUAUAUACCUGUGUUCCUUCGCCACUGGAAAAGUUAUAUUUUACAUCUUUAACCUCGUAAUGUUCACAUACUCUGCAACCGAGUAUGCCUGGAGCAUGGAGCCUUCACAGCACAAUGCAGCUGGUUUAGCCCUUCGUGCAAUUUAUGUUACUAAAGCGGUUUCUCUGGCUCUUCAAGCUAUGCAAAUACGGUCAGGGGUUCCUCAUAAGAGCACUCUCUAUAGGCAAUUUCUGACUAGUAGUAUUUCUAGAGUUAAUUAUCUGGGUUACCGUCUCUACCGUGCACUGCCGUUCCUCUAUGAACUCAGAUGUGUUCUCGAUUGGUCCUGCACCACCACAUCUUUGACAAUGUAUGACUGGCUCAAGUUGGAAGACAUAAAUGCAAGUUUGUACCUUGUCAAAUCUGAUGCAGUUCUAAACAGGGCCGAUCAUAGACAAGGACAGAAGCAGAGGAAAGUUAUUAAGUUUUGCAAUGGCUUAUGCUUAUUCUUUAUAUUAAUAUGCGUCAUCUGGGCUCCUAUGCUUAUGUAUAGUAGUGGUAAUCCGACAAACAUAGCAAACCCUAUCAAUGAUGCUAGUGUACAGUUUCACAUAAAGACUAGUGGUGGGCGACUAUUGUUAUAUGAGACAACUCUAUGUGCAAUUACACCGUGGAAUGUGUUAAAUUCUUCUGCAAAUCUCGAUCCUAAUAAUUAUCUUGAUUCUUAUAAUGUGGAUGAUAUCCAAAUGAUAUGCUGCCAUGCUGAUGCUAUAAGUUGGUGGAUUGUCCCUGAUGUCGUUCAAAGAAGAUUUAUUCCGUCUCUUGACAUGGCUGUAGAUAUGAAAUUCUCGUGGGUACUCACUCGAGAUAGGCCUAAGAACAAAGAGGUUGUAAAAUAUGAACAAACUAUUCAACGGUCGGAUCUUCCGAGACCUUCAGAACUUGAGAAAGUUCUUAACGGCUCAAGUAACAGCUUUAGGAUUAAUAACACUUACCCAAGGUAUUUUCGGGUUACUGGUUCUGGUGAUGUCAGGCACUUUGACCUGAAGGGGGAUGGAGUGGAUGCAGAGCUUCUUCUAAAUCGUGGGAGUUCAGAAUGGUGGUCGUUUUACGAUAUUAGUUGGUUAGAUUCAAAUGUGUGUGGAGAUUUGAUGGGCCCCAUGGCCAUCGUCGUGUCAGAGGAAACACCACAGGGUCUUCUUGGUGAAACACUUAGCAAAUCCAGUAUUUGGGGUCUGUAUAUAACCUUUGUGUUAGCAGUUGGUCGCUUCAUCAGGCUUCAGUGCUCUGACUUGCGAAUGAGAAUCCCUUUUGAAAACCUUCCUUCUUGUGACAGGUUAAUCGCCAUUUGUGAGGAUAUAUAUGCUGCUAGAGCAGAAGGCGAACUCGUAGUAGAGGAGGUUCUGUACUGGACACUGGUAAAAAUAUACCGGUCACCACACAUGCUGCUAGAGUACACCAAUCCUGACUAGCUGUCGAAAAUUUGAAUGCUUUGCAACUUGAAGAAUGGCGAUGAUACCUAAUGUCCAGAGCGUAACAAAGGACAAAAUGGACUAGCAUUUGUGGACAAAUAUGACCCCUUCACAACUCCCCAGGUCUGACGACUGUGAUGAAACAGAGUAAUGCUUACUUUGAAGUCAUGUAAAGCUGUAAAUUGGUAUUUUGAUCACUGUAUGCAGUGUCAGUGAUCAAGUAGACAAGCAGGGAUACAAAAAAAAUCAAUCUGUUGACCGGAUCAAAUGUAUGGAGUUCAAGUUCAAAUAUGAGUUUUUGAGAUAUAUAAAGAAGUGAUCUUGACUCUAAUUUUCUGUCUAGAUUUUCGAAUCCAUUGCAUUUACUCAUUGUACAUCAAUAGGUUGAGCUUCUAUAGAGCUUAUUUUAUCAAAUAUACUUUUGAAUGAUAUUUCCUGACUAUUUGA